UCGUGCGCGCCGAGGAGGAGCUGCCGCCGCCGCCACCGCCACCGCCACCGCCUCCGUCGCAGUAGCUGCUGCCGCCGCCACGGCUACCGAGGCCGAGCGGAGCCGUUAGCACCGCGCCGCCGCCGCUCGCCCGCCUCGGAGCAGCCCCGGGCCCGCCCGCCCGCGUCCAGAUUUUUAAAAAAUACAAUGUCUAAUGGUUAUGAAGAUCACAUGGCUGAAGACUGCAGGGAUGACAUCGGGAGAACGAAUUUAAUCGUCAACUACCUCCCUCAGAACAUGACCCAGGAUGAGUUGCGAAGUCUGUUUAGCAGUAUUGGCGAAGUUGAAUCUGCAAAACUUAUUCGGGAUAAAGUCGCAGGACACAGCCUGGGCUAUGGCUUUGUGAACUAUGUGACUGCAAAGGAUGCGGAGAGAGCAGUAAAUACGCUGAACGGCCUGCGGCUCCAGUCCAAAACCAUUAAGGUGUCGUAUGCUCGCCCAAGCUCAGAGGUCAUCAAAGAUGCCAACUUAUACAUCAGCGGGCUCCCCAGGAACAUGACCCAGAAGGAUGUGGAGGACAUGUUCUCUCGGUUCGGGCGAAUCAUCAACUCCCGGGUCCUCGUGGACCAGACGACAGGUUUGUCCAGAGGGGUUGCGUUUAUCCGGUUUGACAAACGUUCGGAAGCAGAAGAGGCAAUUACCAGUUUCAAUGGUCAUAAACCCCCAGGUUCUUCCGAGCCCAUUACAGUGAAGUUUGCGGCCAACCCCAACCAGAACAAAAACAUGGCCCUGCUCUCCCAGCUGUACCACUCGCCAGCUAGACGGUUUGGAGGCCCCGUGCAUCACCAGGCACAGAGAUUCAGGUUCUCCCCUAUGGGUGUAGAUCACAUGAGUGGGCUUUCUGGUGUCAAUGUCCCAGGCAACGCGUCUUCGGGCUGGUGCAUCUUCAUCUACAACCUUGGUCAAGAUGCUGAUGAGGGAAUCCUCUGGCAGAUGUUUGGCCCCUUUGGCGCCGUCACCAAUGUGAAAGUGAUUCGCGACUUCAACACCAACAAGUGCAAAGGCUUUGGUUUUGUGACCAUGACAAACUAUGAAGAAGCCGCGAUGGCCAUAGCAAGCCUGAACGGCUACCGCCUGGGGGACAAAAUAUUACAGGUUUCCUUCAAAACCAACAAGUCCCACAAAUAACUCACUCAUGCUUUUUUGUACGGAAUAGAUAAUUCAGAGUGAAGAAGUUGAAACUUUUUUGUUAGUGUACAACUCAUUUUGCGCCAAUUUUCACAAGUGUUUGUCUUAGUCUAAAUGAGAAGUGAAAAAGGUUUUUAUACUCUGAGAUGCAACCGACAUGUUCAAAUGUUUGAAAUCCCACAGUGGUAGACCAACUUUAAGUUUCUUAAGUUAUUUCCUUUAAAAUAUAUAUUAAACAGACAUCUAAGUAGCCUGCGUUGACUCCCCAGUCCCUCGGGAUGUGGUGAAACUGAAGCAUGCUUUAAUCCUGAGACUGUCUAACACCCAUUUCAUUCGGUGUCUCCACACACUGGUUUAAAAAAAAAAGAACCUUUUAGUUUUCAUUUUUAAUCUGAAGAUGUUAGACAGAUGCUGAGUGUACGUUCUCAACUGCUUCAACAUUUUAAGCGAUUUCUGCUUUGGUUGACACGAAAUUGCUUCCCCAAGCAGGUCCCAUUGCCACCCCCUCUUCACUUAGCCCCGGGCUCUGCCGACUGGUCCUGGCAUUGGCCUUGGGCCUGUCUGUUGUGGACUACCACUGGGGAGGGGGGCCAAAUGCCAGGCCAGACCCUCCAGAGGAGGACACAGUGUUUCCUAAGCCUGGGCAUCAGUGGGAAUGGACCAAAGAGUUUCAGGGAAACUCCAUAUAUUCCUGAGUCAGAUCUAAGCCCAGGCAUGCCGGAAGAUGUGUUGCUGCUCUGACACCCUGAGUCCCUGCCCACACAUUGCAUGCACUGCGCCCCACACAUUGGAUAUUGUUGUUCACAGCCAUUUCUCCAGUUUCCAAGAGCAUUUAACAUAGCUCGGAUGCAUAAGAUAGCUCUAUUUUUAAUAACACAAACAUUUGAGCAUUGUAUUUCUCGCAUCCCUUCUUGUGAGUGCUAGCCUUUUCUGUUUUAGUUGGAUUUUGUUUUGAAACUUUGCUUUCAUAUGAACACUCAGCAGAAAAGUACUUCUUGCCAAUUAUCUAUUAACAAAAAAACCCUUUGAUUUGUAGUUUUAAAGAUUAACCCUCAAAGUUCUCUUCAUAAUUGCUUUGACAUUUUGGGUUGUUCUGUUCUGUUAAUUUUCUUUUGCUUUUUUGUGUUUUUUGUUUUUACUUUUGCAUUUAAGACCAUUAAAUUUGAUUUUGUUUUGCUCAAAUUUUGUUUUGUUUUUUAUUUUACCUUUUCUUUCUUUUUGGUUAGGUGAGGUACAGACAGCUUAGCAUUCAGGGAGGAUGUAUAAGAUCUUAAACAAAAACUUGCCUCAAGACAAAGCAGUUACAAAUCUGUGAUGUUGGACUGUGCAGUCACAGGUGGUGUUUUUUAAAAUGGGGAGCCAGCUGGGAGAGUGCAAGAGAGGGCCCGAGAAGCAGCCAGGGCCGCUCUCCAGGCAACUCCUCAGAGCACGAUCUGAUUUUUAUAAAUAACUAGUGUACAGGGGGAAUAAAAAACAAGAUAAUUUAGUACCAGCAGUUUUUAACUUGACAUGAGACUAAAAUACAUAAUGAUAGGCUGUUUUUUAGUUAUCAAGAUCAUGGAAUUGCAGCAUUAUUUAUCUAUUUGUCUGUCUAUUUAUUUAUUUAUUGCGGGGGGGGAGCAGAUCAGUGUUCUGAGAAGCCCUUGGUAAAUUUAAGGCUGCUUAUCCCUGCCCUGUUACCCUCAUACAUUUUUGAGGGGCUGCCAGCUGCUUGCAUUAUUCUCCCACGUAUAAGAAGUUGCCAUGUUGUUUCCCCACCAAAGGCCAAGUUCAUACCUUGGGGCCUCGUCUCAUAAGUUGGCCUGUGCCAUGGAGGGUAGCCUCCCUCCAACAUAAUUUCCCAGGUCCUGAGUCAAAGGUAGCUGGCAUGCUUCCUCCUAGAACCCAACUCAAGGAGGGUCCUGCUGUGUUGCCCCAGAGUGCUCUUCACCUUGGGAGUGGGAUGUUUUUCUGGAAAAGUGUGCCUUUCAAGGCUGUGCGACCCUGAGCCAGCCACCCUCUCAGAGGUGAGAGUCCCACUUCCGAAACUGACUCUCAAACCUCCUCAUCGACACACAUUCUUGUUAGCCCUCACUCUGCUCAUUUUCUGAUAUGACGCUGGACCUGCAGCCAGGACCUCGACUUCUUUCCACCCUCCCUUUUAUUUGAACCAUAUUGAUGGUUCUGAUGCCGGCUUGGAUGAGGAGGAGAUGUGAAAGUGCAUGUGAGCCUUUGAAAGCUGCCUGAAGUUUCUCAGGUCAGUCGAAUUACGUUAUGUGGUUACCCCGUCACUCUCUGCACAGCCUUCUAGCUAAAACCCCAUUGUGUUUCUUUGGGAGUUUGGAUGUGCAGGUCUGUGGCAGGAUUCUGUUUUUGACAUGUUUCUCCUGAAAAGCAACUGUCAUCCCCAUCUGGGUACCAGAUGCUGGCCCUGUGUCCAUAAAGUUCCUUGUGUCUUAACCAGGCUUGUUUGCAAAAGGAAGAGCCAUUUUUAAAAGUCACAGUCUGAAAAAAAAACCAUUUAAAAAAGUUAGUUUUACGUAGAUCAAUCAUAUUUGUAUUUCACAAAAUGAAUGCUUGUAUUUGGGACUUGGAAGAAAAAGAAUUAAGAGUAGAUAAAGUUAAUUUAUCAGAAGUUUGGUUAUAAAUACCAGAGGCUUUGAUUGAAUUCUCUUGGCCUGUGUAACUCCCCCUAACAGUCAUAGACUAAGCAGCUCUGAACUUAUGAACCUGGUUCCAGUGGAGUUGCCCAUUUUUCACCCUUGGCUCUGCCCUUCUUUAGCUUUCAGUGUAACAUGCUAGGCUGUGAUUUCUGCACUGGCUGUGCCUCUCAUUAGCAGAUGGUGCUGGGUGGGCUCUGCAUUCUUUAUUCAGGCGAGUCUUUCCCUUGUCAAAGAGCUACCUUAACCUUUGAGAGUGCACACUUGGUGUCAGUACUGGAAACCAGCCUCAAGGCGCUGCGCCAGGCAGCUGAGAGGGCCCUGCUGGGUCAGACAAGUACAGGGACCCUGUGACAGUGAUUGGCAGUACCUUAUUCUGGUUGGCCUCCAAAUGAGGGCCUUUGACCUGAGGCCGCUAUUGAGCUUGAAAAUUAAAGCUAGCAUUACCCAGCUGUUCUGUUUCACAUCUGAUUCAGCCUGAUUUUUUUCCUCUGCUUUUUGCAGCCUUCCUAGGUUGGAUGAAAAAAGAGUAAGAAUAAGCUGCCCACCCCCCACCCCAGCCCUGCACCUGAACUUUCCUCCCAUCUUCCCAGGACCUAAGGCACCUCCCUCCCUCCCAUUCAUCAGAUCCCCAGGCCAGCCACCAAUGGAAGUCACCAGUGCUUUGUGGUGCGUGGCCUUGAGAAUGGACCCUUCUUUACAGUAGCAGUAGAGCCUGAAUCCCAGGUCUUCCGUGGGAUUGAAGGUUCUAAACCUUUUGAUUUGCCUCUGACCUCUAAUGAUUGUAGUGGCUACUUUUCCACAACCUUUUGGUAACAUAGUUCAGUUUACUGCUUAGUCAUUUUUUUA